AAUAACCUCGCGCUGCUGUGUGCAGAGGAAUAAAGUUGUCUGUAUUUGAAUUGUCACUCCAGGCAAGAUGGCGGCGUCCUUGUUGGGAGGAUUGUUGCGGAGUGCUCGGCAGCUCAUCUCUUGGCCUGCCACUGCAUGCUCAAAUCAAGUGCGCAGCUACUAUGUGGACUGGCGUAUGCUGCGGGAUGUAAAGAGGAGGAAAAUGGCGUAUGAGUAUGCUGAUGAAAGGUUACGGAUCAACGCUUUGCGGAAGAACAUAAUCCUUCCUAAAGAACUGCGGGAAAUAGCAGACAAGGAGAUUGCGGCACUACCCAAAGACAGCUGUCCAGUGCGGAUCAGGAACCGAUGUGUGCUUACAUCCCGUCCACGCGGUGUGAAGAGGCGCUGGCGGCUGAGCAGAAUUGUUUUUCGCCAUUUGGCCGAUCACAACCAGAUGUCUGGCAUACAAAGGGCCAUGUGGUAACGCCGAGCAACAGAGACUUACCAGGGGCGGUGUCUGAUAUUGGUGAACUGGAGCGUCAGUAAGGUUGAUACCUUAUAAUAUCCAUCAGUCUAAUGAAAACAUCUUAGUAAUGUUUAGUUUGCCUCUAAAUUGAGUAACAUUUUCUGAUUUUCAUAAAUAUACAAUAAAA